AUGCAACGGGGGCUUGCCACUCCAGCGCGGUGUAUGGACGUCUGGACGGUGCCCGCGGGUGCAGGAGGCGUGCAGACGGUCGGCCUAGGGCAGCGGGCAGCAGGCAGCGGGCAGCAGGCAGCGGGCAGCAGGAAGCAGGAAGCAGAGCAGAAGAAAGAGCACGCGGAGCCGCGCAGGAACCGGUGCUCUCUUAGCUGCGGUGCGGCCUUUGGGUGCUGCAGCGGAGGGAAUUGCGAGGGCACGGCUAGCGUCGUUUGGCCUGCCUAUCGUUAUGGAGCUUGCCGCCGUGGGAAAUUCAGCAGAGCAGAGCGGGGCAGGGUAGGGCAGGACAGGGCAGGGCAGGGCGGAACAGAGCAGAGCAGAGCAGGGCAGAACAGAGCAGAGCAGGGCAGAACCGAACAGAGCAGGGCAGGGCAGAACAGAGCAGAGCAGGGCAGAACCGAACAGAGCAGAGCAGGUCAGGGCAGGGCAGAACAGAGCAGAGCAGGGCAGAACAGAGCAGAGCAGGGCAGAACCGAACAGAGCAGAGCAGGUCAGGGCAGGGCAGAACAGAGCAGAGCAGGGCAGAACCGAACAGAGCAGGGCAGGGCAGAACAGAGCAGAGCAGAACCGAGCAGAACAGAGCAGGGCAGAACAGAGCAGAGCAGGGCAGAACCGAACAGAGCAGAGCAGGUCAGGGCAGGGCAGAACAGAGCAGAGCAGGGCAGAACAGAGCAGAGCAGAACCGAGCAGAACAGAGAGCGCGGCCUCACACGUGCAAUGGCUUCAAGAUGA